AUGCUUUUGCCGUUUACACUCCGACCUUCCCUGGCUCGAAGAACUGAAGUGUACGUGGCACCGCCAGCAGCCAGCAGCCUUGAGGACGCGCCAGCCUGCAGAUUCAGGCGGUGUCCAGGGCCUGGGUGCAGAGCGCUGGACGCCAUGGCAGAAGGUCAGGCCGCUGAAGCUCCAAAGGCCGAGCAGGCGCCUACAGAGGCCCAGCCUCAGGACUCCAAGAAGAGCUUCGGUGGGCCAAGGAAGCGACUCAUGUGGGGCCGCGUCUUCUUGGGACAGGUGGUGGAUUGGAAGGGAAAGUAUGGCUGGAUCCAACCGGCAGAGCCGAUCCUCCACUUCAAGGCCAACCUGCGACAAGGGAGGAUCUUUGUCAGUGGCCGCCGAAAGGUGGUCCGUCGCGCCUGCAGCGGCAAGCAUGCGCAUCGUACGGAAGCCGCACCGCAUCGCAUAUGUCAAAGACAGAGGUCUGGCCCCGGCCGCUCCUUGUCGCACUGCGCUCGACCAACAUCCUUCAAGCUGGAUGAGAUUGCCCGUGAACAGAAGUCAUGCAAGAAGGGGAUCGACUAUGCCCAGACCUGUCCUAUCGGCUGGAAGUACGUGGCCUGGCUGAGUUUGGCUCGACAGCGAGGAGGCAAAGAACAGUUUUGA